AUGAGCGUUUUUGAAGUCGAGGAGUUUCGCAAGUAUGGGCACAGGAUGGUCGACUUCAUUGCAGAUUACUAUCGAGAUAUCGCAGAAUACCCCGUGCGCAGUCAGGUGCAGCCAGGUUAUUUGGAGUGUCAGCUCCCCACGGCAGCCCCUGAAGAUCCUGAAAGUCUCGAUGAUGUGCUCGCAGACGUGCAGAGCAAGAUCAUUCCGGGGGUCACGCAUUGGCAGAGCCCGAGCUUUUUCGCUUUCUACCCUGCCAAUUUCAGCACGGCAGGAUUCCUGGGAGACAUGCUCAGCGGAGGUUUGAAUGUCAUUGGGUUCAGUUGGAUAUCUUCCCCAGCAGCCACGGAGCUGGAACAAAUUGUCUUGGACUGGCUUGGCAAGCUGUUACAACUCCCCGAGGAGUUUCUCUUCUCCGGAGGAGGUGGCGGUGUGAUUCAAGGCACUGCAAGCGAAGCAGUUUGCGUCGCGAUGCUUGCUGCCAGAAAGCGCGCGGUGGCUAAACUCAUGGCGGAGGGAGCUUCUGAAACAGAGGCAUUUGGGAGGCUCACAGGUUACGUCUCGGACCAAACGCAUGUCUCUGUGCAGAAGGCUGCGCAGAUUGCAGGUGUGGCCGCCAAUCUCCGAGUUCUACCGACAAAUUCCUCGACAAACUUCAGUCUGUCUCCAGCAGCCCUCCGCAAGGCCGUGGCGGAAGAUGCUGCGAAUGGAUUUCUGCCCUUUUUUUUGUGUGGCACCGUUGGCACUACAUCAUCGGCUGCCGUGGAUCCCCUGCCCGAACUUGGUGACAUCGCUUUAGAAUAUGGCAUGUGGUUCCAUGUGGACGCUGCAUUUGCGGGAAAUGCUUGUAUCUGCCCAGAAGUUCGGCACAAUUUGGAUGGGAUCGAGAAGGUCGACUCUUACUCCAUGAACCCUCACAAAUGGCUUCUCACAAAUUUCGACUGCUCUACCCUUUGGUUGAAGGAUCCGAGACAGUUGGUAGCAGCUAUGUCAACGAGUCCCGAGUAUCUACGUAAUAAAGCAACAGACGAGAAGUUAGUAGUGGACUACAAGGACUGGCAACUACCACUAGGUAGAAAGUUCAGGUCAUUGAAGCUGUGGUUUACAAUGCGCUUGUACGGUGCAUCAGGCCUGCGUAAGCACAUAAGGGAGCACAUUCGCAUAGCCGAGCAUUUGGAAAGCCUUGUGCGAACGAGCGACAGAUUUGAGAUGGUUGCUCCCCGCAACUUCUCUCUGGUCUGCUUUCGACUUAAACCUCUCGAAAAUGACACUGACAAUGGUCGGACGGUCAAUGCUACACUUCUGGAGGCCAUCAACAGCCGUGGUGCUUGUUUCCUGACUCACACUGUCCUGGACGGAGUGUUCACUUUGCGAAUGGCUAUAGGAUCGAGUCGUACAGAACUGCAACAUGUGAUGGAGGCGUGGACGAUUAUCAACACUGAAGCGGACCGUCUCAUGAAGCAUUAA